AUGCCUCCAAAAGCGGCCAAGGGAAAGAGAAGACCAAACGGAGCCUCCAUAGAAGUUGCUGGCGUAUUGGGUGGAGGUGCCUCGCGUUUGAAAAAGAAGAUAAGAGACAUUGAAAGAUUGUUGAAAAAAGAUAAAUUACCUGCUGAUGUGAGAACAGAAAAUGAAAGAGCAGUGAAGGCUUUGAAGGUCGAAUUGCAGAACACCCAGUUCAACUUGAAGGCCAAACAAGUAGCAAAGAAGUACCAUAUGGUGAGAUUCUUUGAAAAGAAGAAGGCCGUGAGAAAGUUGAAACAGGCCAACAAGAACUUGGAAGACAUAUCCAAGACAGAUGUCAGAAAAGAUAUUAAGAAAGCCAGAAAGCAAGUCAAACACUGUGAGAUUGAUCUUGCUUACGUGAUAAUGUUCCCCAAGUCAGAAAAGUACAUCUCUUUAUAUCCAAAUCCUAAAGAAAAUGACGAAGUCGAUGUCAGCAACCCUAAAGCUAAGAAGGGAAUGCAAAUGACCGAGCAGAGAAGAAGAGAAUUCAGAAAGGAGAUUGAACAAUUAAUAGAAAACAACAGACUUCCAUUCACCAUAGGCGAAGUGUUGCAGGGUAAGACGGUCAAGAUCGAGUUUGAGGGCCAGAAUGUUGCUGCCGACCACGAGAUCGAUGCUCCCGAACCAAAGAACAAUCAACAAGAAGAAGACGAUUUCUUCGAGUAA